CAUCAUUCACAUAAUCAACCUCACUAACAUCCUCUUCCCUUCAUCACUCUCACAUAAUCAAUUUCAUCGACCAUCAUGGGCAUCCAAAACGGUGUUUUUGUGCUCCUAACCAUAGUAUUAUUCCUGAUGUCAAAUGCUACAACAUCAGCAAGAGACUUCCCUCUUGCUACUGAUAACCCGAGAAUUUCAGACCUUGCAACAAGAUUACAAGUCAAGAUUAGCGGUACUAAUACUACUAAUACUACUACUAUUCCCGAUUGUUGGGGUUCCUUGUCAGAGCUUAGAACUUGCUCAAAUGAAAUCAUCGGCUUUUUCCUCAACGGAUACACUGACAUCGACACCCCAUGCUGCCAAGCCAUCGAAAUCAUAAUCCAGCAUUGUUGGCCUUCAAUGAUAGGUGUUCUUGGCUUUACAACUGAAGAAGGCAACUUGCUUGCUGCUUAUUGCAGUAACCUUUCCUCUACACCACCUGGGACUAAAACUACUGCUGGCACUCAUAUUUAGUCUCCCACUUCUUUCUAUAGUGGUUAUCUUUCGGCUUAGAGCUUUCUUUUCAGUUAAUCUACGCUACUUUGUUAUGAAUGUUUAAGUAUGA